CCCAAAAUCCAACAACAUGGAGACCUUGACGAAGAUGUCGAGAUGCCUUCUGCGGCAAACUGUGAUUUCUCGGCAAUGUCGGUGGUUUUUACAACGGUCCUCCUACAGUGUUGUGGCUGGAAGUGCCGGGCAUACGCUGAGCGUGCGGAAGAAGGUUGACCAGCUUAGAGACAAAGCUUUACAAGGAGGGGGUGUCAAGAGGAUCGGGAAACAACAUGAGAAGGGGAAGCUGACGGCGAGAGAGAGAAUACACCUGGUAAUGGAUCCAGACUCUUUCAUUGAAUAUGACAUGUUCCUGGAACAUAACUGCACAGACUUUGGGAUGGAAAAGGAAAAGUACCCAGGUGACAGCGUGGUGACGGGGCGAGGCACAAUAAAUGGAAGGACCUGCUUCAUCUUUAGUCAGGAUUUUACAGUUUUUGGUGGUAGCUUGUCUGGAGCUCAUGCCAAGAAAGUCUGUAAGGUGAUGGACCAGGCUAUGUUGGUCGGUGCACCUGUGAUCGGCCUCAAUGACUCGGGAGGGGCGAGGAUUCAGGAGGGGGUGGAGUCACUCGCUGGAUAUGCUGACAUAUUUCAGAGAAAUGUGAAUGCUUCUGGAGUUAUUCCACAGAUAUCCCUCAUCAUGGGUCCAUGUGCAGGUGGUGCUGUCUACUCUCCAGCAUUGACGGAUUUCACAUUCAUGGUUAAGGACACAUCGUAUCUCUUCAUCACGGGGCCAGAUGUUGUGAAGUCUGUGACAGGAGAGGAAGUUACACAAGAGGAGUUGGGUGGGGCCAAAACUCAUACCAGUGUGUCAGGUGUUGCCCACUGUGCCUUUGAGAAUGACGUAGACGCUCUACUACAGCUGAGGGAGUUCUUUAAUUAUCUGCCCUUGAGUAACGCUGAUCAGGCUCCAGUCAGAGAAUGUAAUGAACCUUGGGACAAAGACGUUCCGGGGCUUGACACAGUUAUCCCCCUUGAGACUACCACUGCCUAUGAUAUCAAAGAUGUGAUACUAGGGAUUGCAGACGAUGCCCAAUUCUUUGAGAUAAUGCCAAGUUAUGCCAAGAACAUCGUAGUGGGCUUUGCCCGGAUGAAUGGACAGACAGUAGGCAUGGUUGGCAAUCAGCCAAAAGUAGCUGCAGGCUGUCUGGACAUCAACGCCUCGGUAAAAGGAGCCAGAUUUGUUAGGUUUUGCGAUUCCUUCAACAUUCCUGUCAUCACAUUUGUUGAUGUUCCAGGAUUCCUUCCAGGUACCUCCCAGGAGUACGGAGGAAUUAUCCGACACGGUGCCAAGCUGCUGUAUGCCUACGCUGAGGCAACGGUGCCCAAGAUAACUGUGAUAACCAGAAAGGCCUAUGGUGGUGCGUACGAUGUGAUGAGCUCCAAACAUUUACGUGGGGACACCAACUAUGCCUGGCCCACUGCUGAAGUCGCUGUCAUGGGAGCCAAGGGAGCAGUGUCCAUCAUUUUCCGAGGAAAAGACCAGGAGAAGAAUGAAGCAGAAUAUGUAGAGAAGUUUGCCAACCCCUUCCCUGCUGCAGUAAGAGGUUUUGUGGAUGACAUCAUUGAGCCAAGGACCACUAGAAGAAGAAUUUGCCAGGAUUUAAAAGUUUUAGCAAAUAAGAAAUUGUCCAAUCCUUGGAAAAAACAUGCCAAUAUGCCACUUUAAACAUUUUCUGUGACUGAAAAGAUUUUCCGGUGGUCAUGUUUCAUCAUGCUAGUGACUUUGCCACACUUCCACCAGAGAUUAGUAUAUCAUGUCUACUUUUAUGAUAUACUACCUUCAUUUUGUAAUGUCAGAAAUAUUUUGAAGUGCAGACGUAUUUAUUAGAUGCAAGUAGAUUCAGGUUUUGAGAUUAAGAAACAAAAUUGAUAAUUUUCACUCAUCACUUGCUGGGUAUGGGUGUGAUAGAGGUUUUGUCAGUCAAUAUGGAUGAACUAUAAUUCUGAGGACAAUAGCUCAAAACUAUCUACCAGAAGAUAGUCAGAUUAGGUUUUGUCAGUCCGUAGGCAUGAACACUGUAUAUUUGUAAUGCUCAAGGACAAUAGUUCAAAACUAUCUACCAGAAGAUAGUCAAAUUGUUGAACUUCAUUGCUUCGAACCUUAAAGAAGCAUAUUAUACUGUAGUUAACUCAUUCACCCCUGACAUUUCAUAAUGAACUAUUCCAAUCUUUGAUUUGGAUGAGUUCAAAUGUGUCUUCAGGGGUGAAUGAGUUAAGCAUUGUCAACCAUAUCAUCCCAUAUCAUAUUCUCGGGGUUCCAUGCACUGCACCCUAAAUCUAAAAUUUACAAGAAGACUGCAUGAAAAAUAUUGAAUGCAACAAUGUAUUGAUUUCAUAAGUUUUCUAUAUAGACACAAUAAUUAUUUUAAAAUUAUAGUCGGGGAAGUGUUUGUGGUAGUUAGAUUUGUUUGCCUAGCUAAGGAGGGCAAAUCUACCAAUACAUCAAACAUUAGUAAACAACAUGCAUAGCAAUUAAACAUGAAGGGCAAAAUUGACAUUUGGCAAAUAAUUGGAUGGUUCUGGCGAAGGGCGAAAGUUUGACUGUGUAUGUAGUUUGGAAAUAUAAUGAAAUUAUAAUUUUGAGGGAUAAAAGAUGGAUUGUUUUCAAUUCAAAUACUUUGAGUUGAUACACUUUCAUAGUGCAGAGAUCAUUUACAAAUGUUAACAGAUAUAUUUAUAAGUUUUCUACAAAGAAAACAUGCACUUCUGUGUUUGCCUUACCUCUUGUUCAUGAUGGAAUAUAUAUGACAUUUAAGUCACACGAUGUAGCCAACGGGACAGCUACCGAGAUAAAUGGAGGUAGUGUAGCAGGGAAUCCUGGGAUAUAUUGAUACCUGUUUACUGUGAUAUAUUCACUUUCUGUUCCACCACAUCAGAGAAGCCAUUCAAUUUGGUAAAUCGCAUCCCCUUACACCGUGCUCAUAACAUCAACCUUGAUGGGUUUUGUUGGUUCUUCUUAUUAUUAUGCACAUCAUGUUUCAAACAUUUUUACUUUAAUCAUGUGAAAAGAUAUUAGGUGAACAUAAUGUUUUUUAAAGUUUUUUAAAUUUACAUAAUUUGAGCUAAAGAUGGUAAAUAGAUCAAUCUCCUGUUCCUCUAUAUUAUGUAGAACUAAGGGGGAAAUUUUAGAUUACCUGUUACAUAAAUAUUCUUUUUUAAUAAUAUACUGAUGCUUCUGUAAUGAUUAACUGGACGGAGAAACCUCACGUCUGGCCCGUUAUAUAAUAUACUGAUGCUUCUGUAAUGAUUAACUGUACAGAGAAACUUCACGUCUGGCCCGUUAUAUAAUAUUCUGAUGCUUCUGUAAUGAUCAAUUGUACAGAGACACCUCACGUCUGGCCCGUUAUAUAAUAUACUGAUGCUUCUGUAAUGAUUACCUGUACAGAGACGCCUCACGUCUGGCCCGUUCAAUCGUUGCUUUUAGGUCAAUUAUGGACCAAGUACUGCUGCUAGGCUAGCAUGCUUAUGUUCUUUUAUGAGUACAACAUGGCGCAGGACAUUCUUUGACCUUGCUUUAAUUCUUCUUAAGUAUGGGAGCACCAGUUCUUCAAGACACAUUGCCUGUUUAUUAUACCUAUAAGUUAUAUAUACAGUAUGCACCUGUGAAAACAAGUAUUAGUAAAGUGACUUUUAAUCCGAAAUCUGAGACAGUGAUCUGGGUUAUUAAUUGUCCAAGGUGAUCUCAGAUGGAGGUUUAGCUUACAGUAAACUUCAAAUUUUAUAACCUGGAAUAUUCCCUUUCUAAAUACAGGUAGAUACCAUCAUGUGAAAACAGGUCCUGUUCCUUUAUGAGGAACAACCCAUUUGUCUGUUUUUAAAUGUAACAUUUUCGGGUAUAAACCCUGGCGGACCUGCAAACAUUGAUGCCGACCUUGCAAGGCUUUGUUAAGGCUCAUCUGAAAGCAGCAUCAGAUUACUAGGUCUGACCUUAUUUCCUAAACGAACAACCGUUUAAAUCGCGAUAAAAGACAUUGAUCCAGGUAUUGUGUCAUUAGAGCAAACUUUUCCUUUUGAUAUUUACAUGUUAGUGGAGUUGAUAUACAGAAUGUAUGAAGCUGUUGUUUGUGUGCACUGAGAGGUCGGACUUGGUGGUGUGAUUCUGAUGGUCAUUAUCCAUCAGAAGUUAUUUGUGUGUGUUUUAUCAUAAGUGAGAUAUUAAAGUUUGAUUGUCGAAGAUUUU